CCCUCCUCUCUUUCUCACUUCCCCCCAUUACUCCAUUUUCUCUGUCCUCAACUACCAUGUCAGACCACCCACUCCAACCCUCCAAAAAACGCCUCCCUCUCAACCACCACCACCGCCACCAUCACAAUGACAACCACCACCUCACUCCAUCAAAAAAACCUAAACCGCCGUCUUCUCCACCACUUCUCUCACCGGAGGAGCUCAAAGCGGAUGACGACGACGACGAUAUUUUCUGCAGCCUCGAAGAAGCAGAAGUUCAUCAGCAAGAGCUCAUCUCAAACCACCACCACCAUCACAACGACAACAACAACCUCACUCCGUCGAAAAAACCUAAACCGCCGUCUUCUCCGCCACUUCUCUCACCAGAACUCACCGCGGAUAACGACGACGAUAUUUUCGGCAGUCUCGAAGAAGCAGAAGCUCAACAGCAAGAGCUAAUCUCAAACCUCCUCGCUUCUUCUCCUUCCAAAACGACGACGACGAUGACGCAGUUUCCUUGCUUCGGAAAAGUCAGGUUCGUUUCCUACCCGUACAUCCCGCUCUCUCCCUUCGAUUCCUCCUCCUCUUACAUCACCAUCAAUGGCAACGAGGAGACCUGCGGCUCGUCGUUUUCCGACGCUGAUUCUUCUCUCAUGGCGAGUGUCGAUACUUGCGGUAUUGGUAAUCACAUUUCCGAGGCUUUUGGUUUUCUCCGGGUUCAAAACGGUGACGUUUUUGGUUCCAUGGUGAAGUCACGUGAUGAGGAGGAGGAGGAGGAGGAGGAAGAUGCUUGGGAUUGGAGUGAGUUUCUAGGGGAAGAAGAGGUUAAUUAAUUAACUAAUUAAGGGACUGUUUGGUUGUUGGAGGGAAAUUAAUUACUCUAGUUUUGUCUAAAGUUUCUUAAAAUGGAAAGUGGUAAAUGUGUGAGGGAAAUAGGAUGGAAAAGUCAGUUCACAUUGUGUGAGUUUUGGAGUUUUUUUUACUGACUAUUAACAUUACGGAGUAGCAACUUACUGGUAUUUACCGUGCACGUGAGAAGCACAUGGUAAAAAAAUUGUGGUAAAUGUGUGAGGGAAAUAGGAUGGAAAAGUCAGUUCACAUUGUGUGAGUUUUGGGGUUUUUACUGACUGUUAAUGUUAAUAUUACGGAGUAGUAACUUACUGGUAUUUUACCGUGCACGUGAGCAGCACAUGGUAAAAAAAAUUGAAUAGUGGUACAAAAAUAGUAGGUGUAGAUUUAAAAAAAAAGAAAAAAAAAAUUCACCCUCGUAUAGAUCGUGAUUUAUGUGAGUGGUGCGUUAACAUCUAUGAUGCACACUUGCACAGACACGGUAAAAAUAUGUUUUUGAAACCUGUCAGACACACGACCACUUUGAUACGGCGAAACGUGUUUCCAUUUUAAUACAAAAUCUUGUUUAACACUCAGUAUUCCCGUACUUAUAUCUCGUGUCUGUGCAACCUAGUGUUACAUGAAAUGUGAGAGAUUUAUUGUAAAUGGAGUGUUAGUUAUGCUCUCACUAAUGAAUAUUAUUUGAUAAUUAUUUGUUACGUACUUGUUUAUUUGCGUAAUUAGGUUUAUUUCCUAUGUGAAAAUUUUGUUAUGAUUGUUGUUAUAGUUAAUGUUAGAGAAUUAUAAGAAGUACUCCCUCCGUCUCUUUUUGUUUUUUA